AAACGAGGUUUAAACUUUGUUAAACAAGUGUUUGAAGGUGUAUUAUUCAAUAUCAAAUAAAACUAAUUGUGUGUUGGGACAUAAACCUUCUUAAAGCAUCAGUUAGCCAAUCGGGUGGUGAAACCGAAAGUAGAUUUCAGAAAGUUCUAGAGAAGAUAAUGGAAACUGUGGAGGAGCUUCGUCUGGAUGUAGAAGAAAUGAGAGACUUACUUAUGAAAGCCACUCGAUCACGAGUGAAGGACAUAAUCGGAACAGAGAUGAGUAAGUUAGAACUCGAGAUCAGACGUUUGGAGAGAUCGGUCUCAGAACCUGUUCCGUCCACAGAAGAACCACCCAAGAAACCAAGGCCACAAGUACAAACUAAGGUCAUAAGUACAUAUGCCUGGGAUCAGUCAGACAAAUUCUUGAAGAUUUAUGUAACAAUCAAUGGCGUACACACCCUUCCCAGGGAAAGAAUUACGUGUGAAUUUGGUAAGAGAUCAUUCCGAUUACAAGUAGAGGAGGAAGAGAACAAGCGUCGAUCAGAGCUCUACAUUUCUACACUUCUGGAGGACAUUGUUCCGGAAGAUAGCUGGUUCAAGGUGAAAACAGAUACAGUCCUUCUGAUGCUGAAAAAAAGUAAAACAGGAAAGACAUGGGCAUAUGUCACCUCCGGGGAAAAAGAGUCAAAGAAAACAAAGGAGGAAAAAGAAAAGAAGUCAAAAUCAGAUGAUGAUAAGGAUCCAAAUGAGAGCAUGAUGGAUAUGCUGAAGAAGAUGUAUGAUGAAGGGGAUGAUGACAUGAGGAGGACCAUUGCUCAGGCCUGGACCCAGUCCCGGGACAAGCAGGGGUCUUCCUAAUUAUUAUCCCUGUCCUAUAUACCAGUGAUUCAUGGACAGUUCUGUGAAAUGCUGUGAUGUGAACAAGCUGAGUUGCAAUAUGUUCAGAUGAUCAAUUCAUUUCAUUACAAUGCCAUUUUGUAAAUAAAAUCAUUUUUAUA